AUGGAGCUGCGGGGCGGACGCGCCGCCCGCUUGGCCCUCGGCCUGGCGCUGCUCUGCUCCGCGCUGGAGGCGGCGCCGGCCGGCCCGCAGCCCCGCUCCGCUGUGGGGCAGUUCUGGCAUGUAUCUGACCUACAUUUAGAUCCGACUUACCACAUUACCCCUGAUCGCACCAAAGUUUGUUCUUCUUCCAAAGGAGCCAAUGCCUCCAACCCAGGCCCUUUUGGAGACUUUUUGUGUGAUUCUCCAUAUCAACUUAUUUUGUCAGCAUUUGCAUUCAUGAAGGAUUCAAAACAGCAGGUUUCAUUCAUGAUUUGGACAGGAGAUAGCCCUCCUCAUGUUCCUGUAAAAGAACUCUCCACAAAGUUGGUUAUUAGCAUCAUUGGCAAUAUGAGUUCUACAAUUCGUAAUUUCUUUCCAGAUCUUCAGGUUUUCCCGGCCUUGGGCAAUCAUGACUACUGGCCACAGGAUCAGCUUCCUGUAACUACCAGUGAAGUUUACAAUGCUGUAGCAGAUUUCUGGAAACCUUGGCUAACUGAUGAAGCAGUUGGUACCUUCAGAAAAGGUGGCUUCUACACACAGCUGUUUGAAUCCAGCAAUAGCUCUCAACCACUCAGGAUAAUCAGUCUGAACACAAAUUUAUAUUACAGCCCCAACAGUGUAACUGUGAAUAUCACUGACCCAGCCAACCAGUUUGCCUGGCUGGAGGGAAUACUAGAAACCUCUUUACAAAAGAAGGAAAAGGUAUAUAUAAUAGGACAUGUACCAAUAGGAUACUUACCAUAUGCAAGGAACACUACAGCUAUCAGAGAGUAUUACAAUGAGAGACUGGUAAAGAUUUUUCGCAGAUACAGUAGUGUUAUUGCGGGGCAGUUUUUUGGACAUACACAUAGAGAUAGUAUCAUGGUCCUCCUGGAUGAAGAAGAAAAGCCAGUAAAUUCCUUGUUUGUGGCACCUGCUGUAACCCCAGUGAAGAAUGUAUGGCAAAUGGAGUCCAAUAACCCUGGUGUCAGAUUGUAUCAAUAUGAUCUUCUUGACUAUAGCUUGCUGGAUCUUUGGCAGUUUUACUUGGACCUCAGAGAUGCCAACAAGAAAAAUGAAUCGAACUGGAAAUUAGAAUACAUCCUGACUAAAGCUUACGGCAUUGAAGACUUGAAGCCAGAAAACCUAUAUGAAAUGGCCAAGCAGUUGUCUGUGCCACACAGCACACUGUUUGAGCGAUAUUACAGUAACUUUAUUGUGAGUUAUGACAAAACCAUGGUCUGUGAAGAGGGGUGCAAGACCUGCCAAAUAUGUGCAAUCCAAUAUUUGGAUUACUCCUCAUAUACAGAUUGUAUCAAUCGGGAAGCAACAUGGAGAUGAAGUCUCCGUGCAAUUUAUGCUGAUACUUACUUUAGCCUGUGAUUUAAAGAACCUGCUCAUCCUUUUGCUCAAGCACUGACAUGCUGACAGGGAGCCUCUGGGACUUCUUUGAAUUUCAGGGGAGUAAUAAAUCUCCCUAGAUCUUUCUUCUGGUAAACAUGUUUUCCUUCCAUGUCUAAGUAAAAGUUGAUUGGCUACGUAAUAGUGGCCAGAUACUUUGCUGUUGUUUCAAGUGUCCUGUACCCUCUGUAACAGGCAUCCCAGUAUGUGGGAACAGAAGUUACUCACUCAGUUCUUUGGAAAUCCAAGUCUCUUUUCUCAGGGCGUGUAAACGUAGGCAAUGCCAUUUCAGGCAUGGGAUUUGUAUGGGGGCAGGUUUCAACCAUCUGCUGUCACAAUUUGCAAACUGAAGUCUGCAAAACCCGCAUUUGCUGAGACUGGAGUGCAGUUAUGUUGCUGCGAUGCCAGUAGUAGGGAUCUCCCUGUGCCAAGUUUCCUUUUCCUUCUUAACCCCUUAAACCUACCUCUGUUUAGGGGCAUAUUCUAACAACAGCACGAAGGUGACUUAAUGGAACACAAACCUCCGUCCUGUGAAUACUUAAUGCAUUUUUUCAGAAUGUGUGUGUUUGCCCAGCACAAACUGCUUUUUUCUUAUGAUAGAGCUAUGUACAUUGGUACUGCUAUCAAGCAGUCUACUGGUAUGAGAUUUUGCAGUAGGCCAUAAAUCAGGUUUAAAUUGAUCAGCAUCACUAAUUAGACAUUAGCAUAUACAUUCUUUGUGCAGCACAGGUAAACAUGCAGUUGCCAUGGUUUUUCUCAGGUUUCUUUGUUUCAUAGAGCAGUCUAGUACUUAAUGUGAAGAUUAUUACAUGUAUGAAUUUACAAUUGCAUAGACCACUUCUUCCUCUUGUGAUUAAAUGUGUGCACAAGGUGAUAGUAUUAAGAAGGCCGUUUAUCUAGGGUGUAUAACCAAGAAGGACCUUUACCCAUUUUUCUGUCACAUCAAGAGCUAUACUUUUGGAACAUUUGGUCAAUAUAAUACCGUACAGACCCUACUCUAGAUAAUUUUAUUCCAGAGUAACUGGAGAUGCAGAAGUGGUUAUGAGACAAAUCCAAUUGCUAACUAUUUGUUUUCAUGAGAUCAAAGCCUUUACUGUAGCUGUUGAGGAACUUCCUGGUUUUGUUUCCACUCAAGCUUGAAAUAUUUAGCAGAAUGUUUCCGGACAAAUUUUCUAAGUCUGUAGUAUUCACAACUGUAGAUGCAGAUACCUCAGAUUUGUCAUGCAUCAAUCAUCCACAAUGGAAAUAGUUGGUUUGUUAAAUUUGCAUUCGGAAACAAAUCCUCCGGUGGCACUAAUGUUUAGAAAUGCCAUUAAUAAUGCACAGUAGGCAGUCCUGUAUGUUAAAUAUUGUGUUUGGAGAGGGUAUGGUGGGCCUGAAAACUCUUUAGAGCUAUCUGCUCUGGCCGAUCUCGAAUGUAUCUGGAUAUGUAAAUAGCCUGAAUUAAUGUGGGUUCUGUACAGACUGUGACUGUGAGGAAGUACCAGAAAGUUUCAGCGCUGAAAGCUGACGAUUCCCUCUGUGUUGGAUGUGUUUCUUGGUUGCAUUUCUCGUGGGUUUGUUCAUUAAAAAAUGCCUGUUACCACUAUCUGUUCUCCAAGGGCAAGCAAGCAAAGUUGUGGGCGGAUAGCAUAAGGGCAGUUGCAACUGAUGGGAUAGCUGAGCUUCCUCCACUUUGCCAGAUGGGUUUUGUUCAGUUCAGUCUUUGUGCUUUGAACAACUAUCUGUUUUCUCAUACUGGUUUGUUUCUGUGAGUUCUGCGACCUCUGUUUAAGCUUAAUACCUACAAGACAUC